CCUGCCUCCUGGCUCCUCGCCUCCUCAACCCGGGACGGGGCUCGGAGCAGCAGCAGCGGCGGCGGCGGCGGCAGCCACCCUCGAGGCUCGCCCUCGCCCGAAGAGCCCCCGACGGCGCUGGAGCCGGGCUCUCGCGCCCCCUUCCUCCCCUCCUCCUCCUCCUUUUCCUCCCCCUCCUCUUCCUCCUCCCCCUCCUCUCCCCCCUCCCCGGGCCCGGGGCAGGAUGUUGCCCCCCUCCCGCACCCAGCUGGGGCUUUUCUUCAUCUUGCUCUGCCCGGCCAACAUCAUCGGGCUUUGGUGUGGGCAGCCCAUUGGUCAUGGAUCCCAACAGCAUCUGCCGGAAGACCAAGCGGCUGGCUGGCAAACAGGCUGAGCUCUGUCAGACGGAGCCUGAGAUUGUACAGGAGGUGGCCAAAGGCGCCAAGCUGGGUGUGCGGGAAUGCCAGUACCAAUUCCGCUUUCGCCGCUGGAACUGCACCAGUCACAGCAAAUAUUUUGGCAAGAUUUUGCAGCAAGAUAUCCGUGAGACAGCCUUUGUCUAUGCCAUUACGGCGGCUGGUGUGAGCCAUGCGGUGACCCAGGCCUGCAGCAUGGGCGAGCUGCUGCAGUGCGGCUGCGAGGCAACCCGGAGCCGAGGCCCUCCUCUGCCCCCUGCCCUGACAGGCUCUGAAGGCUCUGCUUGGGAGUGGGGUGGCUGUGGGGACGACGUUGACUUUGGCUACGAGAAGUCCCGCCAGUUCAUGGAUGCUAAGCGCAAACGUGGCAAGAGUGACAUCCGAACCCUUAUUGACCUGCACAACAAUGAAGCAGGACGUCUGGCAGUGAAGGACCACAUGAGGACCGAGUGCAAGUGUCAUGGACUUUCAGGCUCCUGUGCCCUACGCACCUGCUGGAAAAAGAUGCCCCCUUUCCGGGAGGUGGGAGACCGCUUGCUUGAACGUUUUAAUGGGGCUUUCAAAGUAAUGGGGGGUAAUGAUGGCAAAACACUCAUUCCUGUGGGCCGGAACAUCAAGCCACCAGACCGACAGGACCUCAUCUACUCUGCUGACUCACCUGAUUUCUGUGUUGCUAACCGCAAGACAGGUUCAUUGGGCACACGUGGGCGGGUGUGUAACAGCACCGCCCUGGACAUGAGCGGAUGUGACCUGCUGUGCUGUGGACGUGGUCACCGGGAUGAGACACUACUGCUGGAAGAGAAUUGCCUUUGCCGCUUUCACUGGUGCUGUGUGGUGCAAUGCCGGAAGUGCACAGUGCGCAAAGAGCUCAGCCUGUGCAUUUGAAAAACCAAAGAAAAGACACUGGACAGGUAUGGCACAGGUUGCACAGAAGAAGAAUGUACUCCACCAGCCACUAAUCCCAGAAAUGUCAUCGAGCUGUCAUGGGGAUGAAUGGAAUAAAACUGGCCUAGCUUGGAGCCACAGAGCAGCCUAGAAGACAUCCCAGGAACAGAUCCCAGAUGCAGGCCACCUUGGAACCUCAGAAAAGAUUGUCUCCAAGUCCUUGGAGUCCAGCACAGUUCCCAGCACUUGGUUAUAGCCUCUCAUACGGCAGGUCCUUGGCCUUCAUUGCCAAGCUAUGGGCCCCCAAAGGCCCCACAUACCCUGUCUGCUUACUUAGACAUUAAUUCCUGAAAAGAAAAAUGGAAACAAUGUCACCUGAUAUUCUCUCACUGCCGGCUCAUGUAGCUUGGCUGUAUGUAGGUUUCUCUGCCCAUGGGUCAUGCACAGAUUGCCUGGAGGGAUGUGUUGAGCCUCAUGUAUUAAUGGACCUUUACUGUGUCUGGGAGAGGAGCUGAGAUUUCCAGACUAUUCACUCCUAUGGUUGCCUUGCUUCCCAUCAACUUGGGCUGCCAUUUCUCUCUACAUUAAUAAAGUUAUUUAAACUA